CCUCGAUUGCCUGACCGCAGUGCAGAAACAUGGACGAUAAUCGACAAAAGAGAGAGGCGGUUGUGGCGGCGCCUAGACGUACGACAGAUGAACAAAGACUGAAAAUAGAAAGAAUGAUGGCAGAUCCUGAGAAGCCAGUUGUAAUUCCUGAACCCAAGAAACUUAGAGCACCCAGGCCACCACCUGAAUUUAACUUCGACGUUAUGGGUUCUAGUGCAGGUGCCGGUAGUGGAGAAUUUCACAUCUACAGAGGAAUUCGACGUCGUGAGCAGAAUAGAGUCAAGUGGAUAGAGACUCAAGCAGCAAACGAGGACAUGGAUGAAGAGUUUCAGCUAAGGUUGGGAAAGAAGAAACUAGAGGAUAACGAGAGAACUGCAAAAAAGAGAGCAAAGAGAGCAAAGAAAAAAGAAAAGACAAAUGCAUCUAAAAAGCAAAAGCAGAAAGAGAUGAAGCAGCAUCACACAAAUGACAGUGAAAAUCAUGAAGACAGAAGUGAAGAUGAAGAGCAGUCUCAAAGCACCUGACUUUAGUUUGUCAGAUCAAGCUAAAGACAUCAGCAUCAAUACUUAAUUAAUUAAAUUAAGAUGAAUUUUCUAGACGAAAUGACGGUACACUCUAGCGCGUGUGGAUUAGCAUGCACAUGUCCAUGUAGCGUUUAGUUAUAUAUUUUAAAAGAUUUACAAGAUAUU